AUGGCAAUGAGUAACGAUGAAAUAUAUGAAGGUAUAUGUGACAUUGAUUUAUGGGAUCCAUUUAAUUGUCAUUUGAGAUCUUAUGCAUCAUCUCCAUUACAAUUACGCUAUGCUAGUUCAAAAGGUUCAAUUAUUGGACGAGCAUUACGUCAGGGUGUUAUUGAUUUACUUGAUAGUGUAACAAAAAAGUUAAAUGAACAAAUAGAAAAUAAUACAACUGUUAUUGGAACUGAACAUCGUUUAUAUCAUUCACGUAAUUAUUCAUUAAAAAUUGAAGAAAAUAAUAUUGAAUCUUCCUUAUUAAAUGAUAAUGAUAAUAAAAUUGAUAUUGAAAUAAGUUCAUUAGCACCAACUGUUUUUUAUCAAUUACGUGAAGAUAUCGGUAUAUCAAAUGAAAAUUUUCGUCAAUCAUUUUCGAAAAAUUCUUUAAAAGAUUUUACAAAUCCUGGUAAAAGUGGUUCAUUAAUGUAUAAAACAUAUGAUGAACUAUUUAUUCUUAAAACUUUACGUGAUUAUGAAGCAAAUUUAUUAAUACAAAUUUUAUCUGGUUAUCAUUUACAAUUAACACAACGUUUAACAAUAUUUAAUCGUUAUAUUGGAUUAUAUCGUAUACGUUUACAAGAAUCAUUAUCAACUACUGAAAUAUAUGUUGUUAUUAUGGUUAAUGUAUUUACACCAUCAUUAAAAAUUAAUGAAAUAUUUGAUUUAAAAGGUUCAAAAAUAAAAAGAAAAUUCAUUGGAGGUUUAUCAUCUGAAAAAUUUUAUAAAUUAAAAGAUAUGGAUUUUAAAGAUUUAUAUCCAGUUGGUAUACGAAUACCAACAAAUAUAUAUGAACAAUUAAAAAUCAUUAUAACUAAUGAUACAAAAGUUUUGAAAAAACUUAAUAUAAUUGAUUUUUCAUUAGUUCUUGGCAUAAGACAUUUAGAUAUGUCUGAAGAAGAAAUGAUGCAUCGUCAACCAAUGGGAGGAAUUUCAUCUCUUGUUCAUUUGAAUGAUAGUCUUGGAUUUAUUACAAUGGCAAAAUUUUUUCCAAAUAUACAAUCAUUAAAUUCAACAAAGGAUCUAACAUCUUUUCUAUAUCCAUAUAUAAAACCAUUAGAUAUGCUUCAAAAAACAAUUGAUAUGAAUUUAUAUUAUAAUAAUGAUUCUAUUGCUCAUGCAACAUUACCUAUUCCUGGUAUUAUAAAUAAAAGAAAUCAACGUGUUUAUAUAUAUUUAGCUCUUGUUGAUAUGCUUCAACCUUAUGAUAGCUGUAAAUUAAUUAAUCAAACAUUUCGAAAAAUUACGGAUCCUAGGAGACAUCUUGAAUAUUCUAUUAUUCAUCCAGAUGAUUAUGAAAAACGUAUUAAUCAAUUUUUAUUUGAACAUGUUUUUAUUGAUGCUAAAGAUGAUUUUCCAUGGAUGGUAACUAAUUCGAUUAAACCUGUUGCUGAUCUUAAUAAUAAUAGAUAUAUUAAAAAGAAAAACCCUGAUCAACAAAAAACUUCUCUUCGUAAACGACAUCAUUCUCUUCAACGAGAAAUUUCAAAUACUGUUCUGGAAUUUCGUUUGUGA